AUGAGUCGAUUGUCAAUUCCCGUCGUGUACGUUGCUCCGCUGUUGUCCGUCGCACUGAUAAACAAAAGCAUCAUUUUCCGGAAGAAAAACAUGCAUUCCGGUGUAGAAAUGGUGCUCCCAUAGUGUAAAGUGAAUCGGGAAGAUGUAAUUACGUAUCGUGGGUGUUGGGAAUCCAGUGGAAAAGCAGCGGUAGCAGCUUGGCGACAUCGACGAGAACGAAGCACGACAGCCAGGAAGGCGGCAGCAGCAGCAGCAGGAGUUUACCGACUACCACUCAGAUCGAACCAAAAGUGCGCGCCAGUGUAUGAGUGACUGAGGAGAACCAUGCUCAUGGCUUGCUUCCACGGCAGUGCCAGUGUAUGUUGGGGGGUAAUAAAAAAUUAGAAAAGCAGUUAGAGGAAAAGCGGAAAAAGGCACCUCUGGUGUGGAAGUUCUGUUGUGUUUUAUGGCAACAAAAGAGUCGUAAAAAAACAUCUUGCGUCUUCUGGUGUGCCGGAGUGGAAGAAUCAUUUCUCGGUGCGUGCGCGGCAGAGAACAAGGAAAAGUGGAACGCAGAACGGUUCUGGCUGGCGUUCCUAGCGAGGAAUUAUGUUAGCAGCUAUUUAUAUUGUGACAGUAGUGUUUUGUUUACAUCACCAAGUGACGUAUGGAGCGACGGCAGGCGCGCUGGAUGUGACGAGUAAUGGGUUAAUCCCACCGGAGGUUUCGGCCGAUAAGUUCACUCGUCGAAAGAAAACGGAAAAGCUACCGUACCGAGAUGAGGACGAAAAACUGGAGCUUGGCGUAUGUCAAGUCUACAGCGGUACCACCUGUGAGGCAUUUCUCAGGAAUCAAACCGUCUUCAUCACACCGGACAUUACGAUGGAAAUUCUGGAGGAACGACUGAAAGCCGCCUAUGGCGUGAUUCGGGAAUCCAAGGAUAUGAAUGCCAACUGCCGGGUGUAUGCAUUGCCAAGCUUAUGUUACAGUAUUCUGCCGGUAUGUCAAACGCCGGAAAAGACCAACCAUCAGUAUUUUGCCAAUAGAGCGGCAGCGGAAGCCACCAGAAGAGGGAACAGCUACGGAAGAUCAAAGCUCAAGCUGCACGAGAAGAAGAACAAUCGGAAGGCGGCGGUGAAGGUCACGACUACGAUGAUGACGACCACGGAGCGGCUGAAGGUGUACUUUAGUGGUGGGGUAACUCCAAGUUUUAGUAUAAAUGAUUUCAACGGGGAUAUUGUGACUGAGAACUCCUUGGAUGAAGGUGGUCGACGACAACGGAGAUCAAGUGAUCGUAAUUUUCUGCCUAUGACUACCUUUGGAAACGAUAACGGAUACUAUUCAUCGUAUUCAGCAAAUACAAAUAGCAAGAAAAACUAUCCUCCGACGAGGAAUACGGAGAAUUUAAGGCGAAUUUGUCGCAAUGAUUGUGAGCUGCUGGAGAAUGAGUUGUGUCAGAAGGAGUAUGCGAUUGCCAAGAGGCAUCCGACGAUUGGCCAGAAGUUACCGUUGGAAGAAUGUGAUGACUUACCGCUGCAGAAUUCCAUUGACGGGACGAUACUGAAUGGGAUCGGUGGUUUGGGAAGUUCUGGGGACAUGGAAUGUAUGAGGCUUGGUAUCGAAAUGGACAUUAUCCCGGAUGAUGAUUGUUAUUGGGAGAAUGGUUUCAGCUACAGAGGUAUUCUGAACAAAUCCAACACCGGAAAGCCAUGUAUGCGGUGGUCCAAAUUGAUGAGGGAGAUAUCCAACUACCCGGAACUUGCUGGACAUAAUUAUUGCCGAAAUCCUGGGGGAGAGCAAGCGUCUCCUUGGUGCUACGUUGAUCUUAAGAAAAACAUAGAAUUCUGCGAGAUAACCCGGUGCUCGGAGCGAAUGUGGAUCUACAUAAUCGUAAGCUUUGUUGCAUUCUGCUCAAUGAUAGUUGUCGUCGUUACAAUAAUCUGUUGUAGGAAGUAUCGAAAACACGGCGUGUCCAAUAUUCAAAAUAUCAACCACCCGAAUGCAGACAAGAACAUCUAUGGUAAUUCCCGUCACAACUCACCCAUUGAGAUGACCUCAUUGAUUGCUAAUCAAAAUUCAACCGGUGCUAUCAGCCGGAAUGCUGAGAAUGGUGGCAUUCAAGGAUUGACCACCGGCCAGUCCGGCAAUCAGGGACAUUCUUCGCAAUCUCGAAACAACGGAAUCGCCCGAGUUCCACAGUACACACUGCAAGAUGUGCGAUUCGUGGAAGAACUCGGCGAAGGUGCUUUUGGAAAGGUGUACAAGGGUGAACUGACGCAAAAAGACGGUGAAAAGAUCUUCGUCGCGGUGAAAGCUUUGAAGGAGAAUGCCAGCGCUAAGACGCAAGCCGAUUUCAAAAGAGAGAUUGAGCUGAUUUCAGAUCUCAAGCACGAUAACAUUGUGUGCAUUUUGGGUGUGGUUUUGAAAGAGGAGCCACUUUGUAUGCUUUUCGAAUAUAUGGCUCAAGGAGAUCUGCACGAGUUUCUGAUUGCUAAUUCGCCGAAUGAAGGCAAGCAGUUGACUCAGCUGCAGUUUCUGCUCAUCUCGCAGCAGAUCUGCGAUGGAAUGGAGUACUUGGCAAGUCACCACUAUGUCCAUCGAGAUUUGGCCGCAAGAAAUUGCUUGGUUGGGGAUAAUUUGACGGUGAAAAUAUCCGAUUUUGGAUUGUCACGAGAUAUCUACAGUUCAGACUAUUAUCGAGUCCAAUCGAAAUCACUGCUCCCCGUCCGUUGGAUGCCGUCCGAAUCGAUCCUUUACGGCAAGUUUACAACCGAAAGUGAUGUCUGGUCAUUCGGUGUAGUGUUGUGGGAGAUUUACAGCUAUGGAUUGCAACCAUACUAUGGAUAUAGCAAUCAAGAAGUCAUCAAUAUGGUCCGAGCCAGGCAGUUACUACCAUGUCCGGAGGCCUGUCCCAGUGCAGUUUAUUCACUGAUGGUUGAAUGCUGGCACGAACAAGCCGUACGUCGUCCAACGUUCCCGGAAAUCGGACAUCGACUCAAAAUUUGGUACCAAGCUCAGAAGAGAAGUGAGCAAAACGAGCAAACUUUUAACCGAAAAGGAUCCGUCUUAAGUGUAAACAAUCAACGAAUGUCCUCGCAGGGAAACCUGAAUGCGGUCACACCCUCAUCUUCAUCCAGUCAUCAGUCCCUGAACCGAAAUCCGCCGAUGGAACUUCGUGACCAGCAACAACCCAAUCAAUCCCACCAGCCCCGUAAGCACCACCAUUCAUUAGAACGGGAGAAGAUCCUUCGCACAAGCCAACAACAACCUCAUCAGCAGCCGCCUCAUCAUCAUCAUCAUUCCCGAUCCCACCAUCAGCAUCACAACUCACUGGAUCGAUCCAAUAGCAAAAUGGAGGAAUCCGAACAGUUUGAGACCCAAAGUAACCGCAGUUUCUACCACAAUUCCGGCACUAGUCGUAGCAGUAAGAGCAUUCACUCAAUGCAAGACCAGACUCAGCUACCGCAGCAACAGCAGCAGCAUCAACAGAACCAGCAUCAUCCCGGACCUCAAUCCUACAAGAACUUCAGCCUGCCACGAAAAAGCAUAGACAGUAACCUAGACUUCGGAGAUGGUGAUACGACUGCGGCCAGCAGCCCUGGAACCGGUUACUCCAACCGUGAAUCGAAGCGUCCUCCCAAGGAUCCACAUCGCCAUCACCACCAUCAUCACCAUCACGGGUCGAGUCGAAGUCGACGGAUGGACAACUCAACCGGAACAAUAUCGAUAUCGUCACUCAACAGUGAAGCCGAUCUGAAUCAGCAGACCCAAAUCUUACCAAAGAAUAGCACCCAGUCCCUGGCGCAGCCUCCAAUGAGCCGGAAACCGAGCAGCAGUGGCAGUAUCCUUAGUGUAGCCAGUGAAUCCAACAGUUCCUUUGGAGGCAACAUGAACUUUAAUAACCUAGCAGCGACUCCGUCGAACGAUAGCACAGGUGCACCGGCAGGGUCUUCUGCUGGACCUCCACUCAUGCAGAAUUCUUAUCAUGAAGGAUAAACCUUGUUUUAAACUUUUUAUUUAUCAUAAUGCAUGCAUUUAUCGUAGUACAUAAGGCAAAACGCAAGAGACGCAAUGAGCGAAUAGGUUUUUUUUUAGAUAAGUGAAAAAGGGAGGAAUAGAAAUUCCUUUUAGGAGAGGCAUGAAUAGGACAAAUGGUUCUCAACACACGAACGGUAUAAUAGUUAGACAACAACGAGAUGGGCUGAUUUUAUCUCAAUGUGUAACAGUGAUCUCUUAUUUGGACUUGUAGAAGCAUACACGGAUGACUGCUUUUAGUUGUACUGAUCGAAAAGACACAAAACAAAGUAUUAGUUUCCAACUGAGCACAAUUUUCCACAAUCUUGGAUUAAGUAUGUGAAGACUGAUUCGACACAUUAGCUCCAUACGUUCGAUGCACUGAUUCGAAGGUUAGAUAUCAUUAUUAAUUUAAAAUCAACUUAGUUGGGAAUUUCAACGGUUUACAAUUUCCUAACUCCAUAAUCAGCAUUUUAUUUAUGUGUGUCAAGUCAUCCAUCUUAAAUAUAUUCUCAUCUUUUAUGAACUAAUCUUAACGAAAACAAUGAGACAUGGCUAAAUGUCUAGUGAAAUAAAUUUAAGUAUUACCGGAAAGUAA